UCUAGCUGUAGCAGUGUAAAAGGAAGAGAGUUGGUUUCUUGGAUGAACUAAUGUUAAGUCAUUCGCGUUGGUAGCUAAAGAGACCAAUGCCCUAAAUUCUAUUCAGAAGCUACUAGAGCCCAGUGAAAAGCCAUAAAUGCCAUAUAGAUCUGGCAAGACAUUCUGUCUAGUAUGGAAACCACUGAUUCCACACGAUUCUGGAUUCCCUGUAGUUAAAAAAUAUUGAGUACAUUGGCAGUAUCCUCUUUGUCUUGAUGAUGGCAUGGAGAAUGAUGGACAGUGGAACAGCCUAGAGGAAACAGUUUACCCAGCUGAGUUCAAAUCAUAAAAGACCAGCUCAUUUACCUGGCUGAAUAUCACUCUUACAGCGCUCAUGGUGACACUGUAUUACUUUGAAUUACCUCAGCCCUUAGAAGAUGAAAGUGACUGGAGAUUUGAAAAAAUCAUUGAGACCUUUGAAAUUUAUUCAAAGCAUUGCUUCAGAAAGUUUGGAGAGUGAGUGAAACUGUGGAUGACUAUUAAUAAGCCUUAUCUUGUUGGCAUAGAUAGUUAUGAAAAAGGUAUAGCCCUAGCUUUAAUAGAAGCUUGUAUCAGACCUUGCAAAGCAACUUGUAAUAUGAUAAAAGCUCAUACUAAAUCCUGGCACAGAUUUGAUAAGAAGAUAUUCAGAGAAAAGAAAUGUGGACUUGUGUCUAUAGCUGUGAACACAGAUUGGGUAGAACCUCCAUAUCCAAAUUUUGUAGCAAAUCAAGAAGCCAGUAACUUACACUGGUUUAUGAAAACAAUAUUUACUGACUGUGAGUAUCCAGCUGUCGUGAAGUUCUGUAUUUCUGGAAUAAGUUAAAAUCAAAGUUACUUAUCAUCAAGGCUUCCAGAAUUCAUUAAAGAAGAAAAAAUGAUGAUCAUGAGUACUGCUAACUUCUUUGCUCUGAAUUAUUACACUUCUUGCAAAAUUAAAGACCAUGAGAUACAGACAAUAAGCUAAGUAUUUCAUUGGACCAUGAAGCUGAACAAAUACGGAUCUUUCGUGGCCUGUUGCAACUUGGAGUUCAUGGCUAGCAACAGUACUAUGGGAUUUCCACUGACUUCCAAAUUAUAUCAAAUUAUGACAUAAGGCUCACAGAACCAUUUUACUAGCAGGCCCAUGAGAGGAUCUGGGAAUCCAGUGAAUAAUAUGGGUGAUCUGUUUCCCUUUGUCUUUUCUCACUUUUUCUUUUCUUUUCCCUCUUUCUUUCUUUUCUUUUCCCUUUCCCUUUCCCUUUCCCUUUCCCUUUCCCUUUCCCUUUUCCCUUUCCUUGGUGAAGAGCACAUCUGAAUGGCAUAAGACAUUGUACAAGAGUAUAAAUAAACAAGUCACCUUGGGAUUCUUAAUUUAAUUUUUGCAUGCUAGCUAUAAAGAGUAGAAGCCUCAGUACUUUCUUAUUGCCUUCGGACUUGAUAGUUAUUUUACAGUUU